AAAAAUCAAUAAAAAUUUUCAUUUUCACUUGUGCUGUGUUGUAUGAAAAAAAUUUUAUUAAAUAAAAACGAUCUGUAAAGCGAAUACGUUUAAGUGAAUUAAUUGCCAAGUUGCAGUCGUAUAAAUCAGCUUCAAAGAAGUGGCUUUUGCUACGCCCAUUUUGAUCAUGUACGCCAAUAGAGUCACAGAAAAUCGAGUUCAGCGCACAGUAAAUCACAGCAAUUGUUUAUCAGCCAGUUGCCAACAAAUCGGUCGCAGCUAAAAUCAAUCCACCACAGCCACUCGGUGGCAUCUUAUCAGCGUACAUUGUCGUGCCGCUACGCUUAAUAGCGAGUAUAAAUCACAUACUCAGAGGGAUAUAACGUAAGGUCUGGGUAUUCAGACUAAUUGGGGUGGUCAGAAAUAUAAAAAAAUUAUAUUUUGUGUACAUUUGCCACAUAAAAAAUCGAAUAUACAUAUAUACAUACCUAUUUGGACGGCGACAGUCAAACGUCUUUUGUGUUUCCGUUCAACAUAAAGUAAAAGUUUUCUUAUCGCAGCAGUUUGCAGUAAAACAGCGAAAAUUAAUAAACUAACAACAAUGGCACCUGUGCGGGGGGAUGGCAUGAGAGGACUGGCGGUUUUUAUAUCGGAUAUAAGAAAUUGUAAAAGUAAAGAAGCCGAGGUGAAGCGCAUAAAUAAAGAGCUCGCUAAUAUACGCAGUAAAUUCAAAGGUGAUAAAACGUUGGACGGUUAUCAAAAGAAAAAGUAUGUGUGUAAGCUGUUAUUUAUAUUUCUGCUUGGGCAUGACAUCGAUUUUGGGCACAUGGAGGCAGUCAAUUUACUCUCAUCGAAUAAAUAUUCUGAAAAACAAAUUGGCUACCUAUUCAUUUCGGUUUUGGUGAACACCAACAGCGAUUUAAUACGUUUGAUCAUACAGUCUAUCAAAAAUGAUUUGCAAUCACGUAACCCUGUACAUGUAAAUUUGGCUUUACAAUGUAUUGCCAAUAUUGGUAGUCGAGAUAUGGCAGAAUCUUUUUCGAAUGAAAUACCAAAGUUAUUGGUAUCGGGCGAUACAAUGGACGUUGUUAAGCAAUCUGCAGCGCUUUGUCUAUUGCGCUUGUUCCGCUCCAGUCCCGAUAUAAUACCAGGUGGUGAAUGGACUUCUCGUAUUAUUCAUUUGCUCAACGAUCAACAUAUGGGCGUGGUUACAGCUGCCACAUCACUGAUCGACGCACUUGUUAAGCGCAAUCCAGAAGAGUAUAAAGGUUGCGUCAAUUUAGCUGUAUCGCGUCUAUCACGCAUCGUUACCGCUAGUUAUACGGAUUUACAAGAUUAUACCUAUUAUUUUGUGCCAGCGCCCUGGUUGUCAGUGAAACUAUUACGCUUGUUACAAAAUUACAAUCCGGUAACAGAAGAGCCUGGUGUGCGUGCACGUUUAAAUGAAACUCUAGAGACUAUUUUGAAUAAGGCACAAGAACCACCGAAGAGUAAAAAGGUUCAACAUUCGAAUGCCAAGAAUGCUGUAUUGUUCGAGGCUAUUAACUUAAUCAUACAUAGUGAUAGUGAGCCAAAUUUGUUGGUACGCGCUUGUAAUCAGUUGGGACAGUUUUUGAGUAAUCGCGAAACAAAUUUGCGUUACUUGGCUCUAGAGUCUAUGUGCCAUUUGGCCACAUCGGAGUUUUCACAUGAAGAAGUAAAAAAACAUCAAGAGGUUGUUAUUCUCUCUAUGAAGAUGGAAAAAGAUGUUUCGGUGCGACAAAUGGCAGUUGAUUUGUUAUAUGCGAUGUGCGAUCGUGGCAAUGCUGAGGAAAUCGUGCAGGAAAUGCUUAACUACUUGGAAACUGCGGACUAUUCCAUACGGGAGGAGAUGGUGCUUAAAGUGGCCAUACUUGCUGAAAAAUACGCUACCGAUUACACUUGGUAUGUGGACGUUAUACUCAAUCUAAUACGUAUUGCUGGCGAUUAUGUUUCGGAGGAAGUGUGGUAUCGUGUCAUACAGAUUGUAAUCAAUCGCGAAGAAGUACAAGGUUACGCAGCCAAAACGGUCUUUGAAGCUUUGCAGGCGCCAGCUUGUCAUGAAAAUAUGGUUAAAGUGGGUGGCUAUAUUUUGGGCGAAUUUGGCAAUCUAAUCGCUGGUGACUCACGCUCGGCACCACUUGUACAAUUUAAAUUAUUACACUCAAAAUAUCAUCUCUGCUCACCAAUGACACGCGCACUGUUGCUCUCAACAUAUAUUAAAUUUAUAAAUCUUUUCCCUGAGAUACGUACCAACAUUCAGGAAGUGUUCCGUCAACAUAGCAAUUUACGCUCUGCUGAUGCGGAAUUGCAACAGCGUGCUAGCGAGUAUUUGCAAUUGAGCAUUGUCGCGUCGACUGAUGUUUUAGCUACUGUAUUAGAGGAGAUGCCAUCAUUCCCUGAGCGUGAAAGUUCAAUAUUGGCUGUUUUGAAGAAGAAGAAACCGGGACGUGUACCCGAAAAUGAGAUACGCGAGUCAAAGAGUCCAGCCCCGAAUGCGUUGGCGCAGAAUAAUGUAAUCGUAAAUCAUAAGGUAAAUAGUAAUGCCAAUGCCGAUUUGCUUGGUUUGAGCACACCGCCGGCUGGUGUAAAUAACACUGGCGGCAGCGGCACUUUAAUCGAUGUAUUGGGUGAUAUCUAUGGCAAUAACAAUGCGGCGACAUAUAACACCAAGAAGUUCCUCUUCAAGAACAAUGGUGUACUCUUUGAAAAUGAAAUGCUGCAAAUCGGUGUGAAGAGCGAAUUUCGACAAAAUCUUGGACGCUUAGGUCUAUUUUAUGGCAACAAAACACAAAUACCGUUAACGAAUUUCAUGCCGGUACUGCAGUGGAGCGCAGAGGAGGCAUUAAAGCUUAAUGUGCAAAUGAAACCGGUAGAUCCUACACUCGAAGCAGGUGCACAAAUUCAGCAACUACUCACCGCUGAAUGCAUUGAGGACUACGCGGACGCACCUACAAUCGAAGUUAAUUUCCGCUACAAUAAUGUGCCACAGAAAUUUAGCAUUAAGUUGCCGCUAACGUUGAAUAAAUUCUUUGAGCCAACGGAAAUGAACGGAGAGUCAUUCUUUGCGAGAUGGAAAAAUUUGGGAGGCGAACAACAAAGGGCACAAAAGGUGUUUAAGGCACAACAGCCAUUGGAUCUACCCGGUGCGCGUAAUAAGCUAAUGGGAUUCGGCAUGCAAUUGCUGGAGAAUGUUGAUCCUAAUCCCGAUAAUAUGGUGUGUGCAGGUAUUAUACAUACACAAACGCAGCAAGUGGGUUGUUUGUUGCGACUGGAACCGAAUAAACAAGCGCAGAUGUUCCGACUUACUAUACGCGCCAGCAAAGAAACUGUCACCCGCGAAGUGUGCGAUCUGCUGUCAGAUCAGUUUUAAAAUACUACAAAGCAACGACAACCUAUUUAUGUUGGCUGAAAUAUGAAGAUAAAAUGUCCAAGAAAAGAAUUUAUAAUGAUGCGAGAUACUGCUGGCGCGAUGACUAAAUUUUAUAAAGAAAAGAAAGGACAAAAUAGCGCAGGAAUAACGAAAACUAUUAAAGAAGAAUAACUACUCUCUCCUAUUUAGCACAAUUCACAUCUCUAAAUUCAACACUUUUUACCAAUAUACAUACAUACUAUAUUAAAAAAAAAAAGAAAACUAUAAGAAAUGAGUACGUUAAUACACGAACUUGAUAUGUAUAAAGAAAUGUAUAGCUUUCGCAGUACAUUAGCAUAACAAAUUGUGUGAGCAAUAUUGAGUGCAUAUUUAAUUCUCCAUAUAUGUAUGUGUGAAAAUCUUAAAGUGUAAAGAUUAAAGCGAUUGGAAUUGUAUUAAAAUAGCUAGAACUACUGUUGAAUGAUUAACGGUAACGUUUGACAUUCUCACAACGCAAACUUUAAACACAACAAUUUCACAUAAGCAUAUGAUUAAAAAAAAAACUGCAAUGUUAGAUGGUUUAGAAUUUAAAUAAAUGAAAAAAAGUAUAAUAAUAAUGUUGAAAACUCACAUAAAUCGAUCAGAUGUAAAACGAUGCAAACAUAUUAUAUUAAGUUGAAACCUAAGUUUGUUGAACAAAGUAAACUAUGCGAAUAAACAUGAUAUACAUGUAAUUUAUUAUUUUUACAUAAA